AUGCAUCUCCCAUCGUCGCUGCUCAUCGCAGCUCCCUUGCUCGCCAAUGUAUCGGCCGAACCCAUUAGGAUACCCCAACGCGAUGUCUCCGUGGUAUCAACAUCACAGCAACUUGCCGUUCGAGCACUACCGAAUUCGCCCAGCGGUGGAUAUGCCCCUGCCGUUGUAGACUGUCCCAAGACCAAGCCGACGCUCCGGAAGGCCGUGGAUUUGUCGAACGAGGAGAAGGACUGGUUGUCGAUCCGGAGGAAGAACACUAUCCAGCCCAUGAGGGACCUACUGAAGAGGGCCAACAUCACUGGGUUCGAUUCCGAGACUUUCAUGAAUGAGGCCGCCAACAACAUCUCGCAACUGCCCAAUGUCGCCAUUGCCAUUUCAGGAGGCGGCUAUCGUGCCCUCAUGAACGGCGCCGGCUUCGUUGCUGCUGCGGAUAACCGGAUUCAAAAUACCACGGGCGCAGGUGGUAUUGGAGGCUUGUUGCAGUCCAGCACAUAUUUGGCCGGACUUUCUGGUGGUGGCUGGCUUGUCGGCAGUUUGUUCUCCAACAACUUCAGCAGCAUUGAGACCCUGCUGAGCGAGAACAAAGUCUGGGACUUUGAGAACUCCAUCUUUAAAGGACCCAAGGAGGCUGGCCUUAGUACUGUCAACCGUAUCCAGUACUGGUCCGAAGUGGCAAAGGAAGUUGCCAAGAAGAAGGAUGCUGGCUUCGAGACAAGUAUAACAGACUACUGGGGCCGAGCAUUGAGUUACCAACUGAUCGGAGCCGAUAUGGGCGGCCCGGCUUACACCUUCUCCAGCAUUGCCCAGACCGACAACUUCCAGAAGGCCGAAACGCCGUUUCCUAUUCUAGUAGCUGACGGCCGCGCGCCUGGAGACACCAUCAUCUCCCUCAAUGCUACCAACUACGAGUUCAACCCGUUCGAGACGGGUAGCUGGGACCCGACCGUCUAUGGCUUUGCGCCGACCAAGUACCUCGGCGCCAACUUCAGCAACGGCGUGAUCCCAUCGGGAGGCAAGUGCGUUGAGGGUCUUGACCAAGCCGGCUUCGUCAUGGGCACCAGCAGCACGCUCUUCAACCAGUUCCUUUUGGCCAACAUUUCCAGCUACGACGGUGUGCCCGACGUGCUCAUCGAGGCCGUGACUUCUGUCCUCAAGGAAAUCGGCGCGAAGAGGGACGACGUCUCCCAAAUCAUCCCUAAUCCGUUCCUGGACUGGAACAACCGGACCAACCCCAACGCCGACACGCUCGAGCUCGACCUGGUCGACGGCGGCGAAGAUCUGCAGAAUAUCCCGCUCAACCCGCUCACCCAACCCGUGCGCGCCGUGGACGUCAUCUUCGCUGUCGACUCGUCCGCCGACGUGACAAACUGGCCCAAUGGCACCGCCCUGCGCGCCACCUACGAGCGCACUUUCGGCUCCAUCUCCAACGGGACACUCUUCCCCUCGAUCCCCGACGACUGGACUUUUAUCAACCUAGGCUUCAACAACCGCCCCUCCUUCUUCGGCUGCGAUGUUAAGAACUUUACCUUGAACGCCAACCAAAAGGUUCCCCCCUUGAUCGUCUAUGUCCCCAACGCGCCCUAUACCGCGCUGAGCAACGUGUCCACCUUCGAUCCGUCAUACACCAUGUCUCAGCGCAACGACAUCAUCGGCAACGGAUGGAACUCAGCCACGCAGGGGAACGGCACGCUGGAUUCGGAGUGGCCUACUUGCGUCGCCUGCGCGGUUAUUAGCAGGAGCUUGGAUCGGUUGGGCAGGCAGACGCCCGCCGCGUGCAAGACUUGCUUUGAGAGGUAUUGCUGGAAUGGCACAGUGAACUCCAAAGAUACGGGGGUUUACAUGCCUGAGUUCAAGAUUGCGGAUGCGCAUGCCCUGGACUCGGGUGCUGUUGCUAUUGGAAAGAUGGUGAAUGUCUGGUCGUCGGUUGUGGUGGGAGUUGUGGCGGCUACCUUGUUGUUGUAG